UUUCCUUCCGUCCGGAGUUUGGGGAAAGUUUUCACCAGUCGAGAGAGGCUCCCGGCUCACCGCCGUGAAGCCGCACCCCGCUCUGAGGAAUGUCUGCAUGUUGGAAUCCGCACUGUGGACAGACAGCAGCUUGCGCACAGAAAACUGCGCUGUGAGUCUCACAGAACAGCAACCCGGCCCUUCCCCAGCUUCUGGUAACUAAUCUUCGUCUGACUGUCUGAGAUGAAUUUGGAAGAAAACGACUUGAAAACAUAUCCACACGGAGACUGUACAUUCUUGGUAAACUAAGAGCAGCAUAAACUGGGCACAGCUGUCCUCAAAAUGGCUGAAGGUGCGAGCAGUGAAGGAGUUCCAGUGAUGUCAACAUCAGGAAAGGACGCAGGGCCGAGCUCAGUGAUCAGCGAGCUCCUGGCAAGCUGGGACGAUUUCCAGCUGCUGACGGACUUCUACCGGGACAGGCUGGAGCAGGCGAUGGAAGGAGGGGUUCACGGAGUGAGCCUGGCGUUAACGGCCGAGAAUCAGUUCAGCGGAGAGGAACAUCGGAAAAUCUCUGAUCUCGCUGAUAAGGGAGAGCGGGCGGACAGUUCUAAAUUCCUCCUGAGCCUGGUGAUGGAGAAAGGCUUCUGCGCCCAGAGGGUGAUGUGGGAAACCUUUGUGAAAAUGCGGAAAGAUGUUCCAAUGUUGGACAAAAUACUGAAGGAAAUACAGAUAUAUGGUCGUGAUCCCUCCCAACAACCAAUUCCUGCUCGACAUUUACUAAAGGUUCUCAGUGAGCUGAAAGAAGUUCAACAGAAACACAAGGAGACUCUGCGGGCACAAACUGAAACACUGAGAGUGAACACGAUCCUGAUGAGGGAGAAGGUGAAGGUUUUCCAACUGGUUGAUCGAUACGCUGAGCUCAUGGUCAUUUCUACUGUUCGAGAUCAGAGACUGGUGGAACAUGAGCUGCUGUCAAGAGGCAGAGACCACGAGGAGUGGAGAGAGAAGCAUCUCCACGGAGAGCUGGAAAAAAUCCAGUCUGAUCAGUUGUUCCAGGGCAACUUUUCAGGGUGUAAAUCCAAAUCUGGCAGCUCGGCAGCAGUGGCUGGAGUCUCAGGGAUCGGGAAAACAACAAUGAUACACAAGAUCGUUCAGGACUGGGCCAUGGGAAAAAUAUACCAACAGUUCCAGUUUGUGUUCAGCUUCCAAUUCCGCAAAUUAAGCACCAUUAACUGUCAAAUAAGCCUGACAGAACUGAUUCUGGAUCAGUAUCCUAAUUUUGGGAAUAUUCUGGGAGAGGUCUGGAAGAAGCCAGAGGGAUUGCUGUUUAUAUUCGAUGGUUUGGAUGAAUUCAAUGAGAAAAUUGAUUUUGAUGACAGUCAGAGAGACACAGAACCUCAGUACACAUGCACAGAUCCUGGCUCCAAGUGCAAGGUGUCCGACAUUGUGUACAGUUUAAUCCAGCACAAGCUGCUCCCAGGGUGUUCAGUGUUGGUGACCACACGUCCCGCUGGGCUACAUAUAUUGGAAAAGGCUAAGAUCAGUGUCUGGGCUGAAAUCCUGGGAUUUUCUAGUGAGGAACGGAAGGAAUAUUUCAUCAGACAUUUUGAAGAUCAGACGGUGGCGGAAGCUGUUUUCAAACAUGUGAAGGAGAACGAGAUCCUGUACACCAUGAGCUACAACCCCUCCUACUGCUGUAUUCUCGCUCUGGCACUGGGCCCCUUCUUCACAAGAAGAGACAGGGACCCUCAGCGAAUUCCCAAGACCAUCACCCAACUCUAUUCCUAUUAUAUUUAUAACAUCUUGAAAAGCCACGGCCGUGAAGUUGAGAACCCUCGUGAUGUGUUAUUCAGAAUUGGUCAGAUGGCCUUCAGAGGAGUGUCCGAGAAGAAGAUUGUUUUUACAGAUGGGGAUUUGAUCAACUACAAUCUGCAGCCUUCCCAGUUCCUGUCCGGGUUCCUGAUGGAGCUUUUGGAGAGGGAGGAUUCUGGCCGGUGUGUGGUGUACACAUUCCCACACCUCACUAUCCAAGAGUUUGUAGCUGCAGUCGCACAAUUCCUGAAUCCACAUCCCGGGGAUAUCCAGAAAUUCCUCACUGAAGCCCACAACAAAACAGAUGGACGAUUUGAGCUACUUCUCCGUUUUGUUGCUGGUCUUUCCAACCCAAUGACAGCUCGGGGCCUGGAGGAGUUCCUCCGUCCAUUUCCUCGUCAAACAACCUGCCGGGUGAUUAACUGGGUGAAGGAGGAGGUUAAACGUAAGAGUGGAAACAUGAGGAGUGAAGCUGGUAAAAGGAGCCUCCUGAUCACAUUGCACUACCUGUUUGAGUCUCAGAAUCAUGAACUGGCUCAGGCCACACUGCAGUCAGUGAAAAAACUUUCAUUCAGUGGAAUGACACUGACCCCGAUUGACUGCGCGGUCCUGUCUCAUGUCAUCAGACACUGUGAAACAAUAAAACACCUCGACCUGGACAACUGCCACAUUCAGUGUGAAGGAAUCCAGAGGCUGGAACCCGGGCUACAUAAGUGCCAAGAGUUGAGCCUUGGGUUGAAUGACCUGGGAGAUUCAGGAGUGAAACUGGUGUCUGCGGGUCUGAGGAACCCGGAGUGUAAAAUACAGAAACUGUGGCUCUUCGGUGUCGGUCUCACUGCUAAUGGUGCCAAGGACCUCAUCUCCACUCUAGGUACGAACCAAUUACUGACAGAGCUGAGUUUGAAUGACAAUAAACUGGGAGAUUCGGGAGUAAAACUGGUGUCGGCCGCUCUGAGGGUCUCGGAGUGUAAAUUACAGAAACUGUGGCUGAGGGAUGUCGGUCUCACAGAUUCUGGUGCCGAGGAUCUCGCCUCCACUCUCAGUACAAACCCAGCACUGACAGAGCUGGACUUGGGUGGUAAUAAAUUAAGAGAUUCAGGAGUAAAACUGUUGUCUGCGGCUUUACGGAACGCAAAGUGUAAAAUACAGAAACUGUGGCUCAGGGAUGUCGGUCUCACUGCUAAUGGUGCCAAGGACCUCAGCUCCAUUCUAAAUGUAAACCAAUCACUGACAGAGCUGAGUUUGAAUGACAAUAAACUGGGAGAUUCAGGAAUAAAACUGGUGUCGGCUGCGCUUCGGGUCUCAGAGUGUAAAAUACAGAAACUGUGGCUGUGGAAUGUCGGCCUCACAGAUUCAGCUGCCGGAGAUCUUGCUUCCGCACUUGGUAGAAAACCUUCGCUAAUGGUACUCAGUCUGAAUAAUAAUAAGCUGGGAGAUGCAGGAGUGAAACUGGUGUCUGCGGCUCUGAUGAAAUCAGGAUGUAAAUUACAGGAACUGGGGCUGAGGGAUGUCGGUCUCACAGAUCGUGGUGCCGAGGAUCUCGCCUUUGCUCUUGGUAAAAACCGAUCACUGAUGGAGCUGAACCUAGGUGCUAAUACACUGGGAGAUCCAGGAGUGAAUCUGGUAUCUGGGGCUAUAAGGAAUUCGGAGUGUAAAAUACAGAAACUGUGGUUGAGGGAUGUUGGUCUCACAGAUUCUGGUGCGAAGGAUCUCGGCUCUGCUCUCAGUACAAAACCAUCACUGACAGAGCUGAGUUUGAAUGAUAAUAAACUGGGAGAUUCAGGAGUGAAACUAGUGUCUGUGGCUCUAAAGAACUCAAAGUGUAAAAUACAGAAACUGUGGCUCAGGGAUGUCGGUCUCACAGAUUCUGGUGCCGAGGAUCUCGCCAGCACUCUCCGUAGAAACCCAUCACUGACGGAGCUGAACCUGGGAGGUAAUAAACUGGGAGAUUCAGGAGUAAAACUGGUGUCUGCGGCUCUGAGGAACCCGGAGUGUAAAAUACAGAAACUGUGGAUGUGGAAUGUCGGCCUCACAGAUUCAGCUGCCGGAGAUCUUGCCUCCGUCUUCGGUAGAAACGCUUCACUAAUGGUGCUCAGUCUGAAUAAUAAUAAGCUGGGAGAUGCAGGAGUGAAACUGGUGUCUGCGGCUCUGAUGAAAUCAGGAUGUAAAUUACAGGAAUUGGGGUUGAGGGAUGUUGGUCUCACAGAUUCUGGUGCGAAGGAUCUUGUCUCCGCUCUCAGUACAAACAAAUCACUGACGGAGCUGAACCUGAAUGAUAAUAAACUGGGAGAUUUAGGAGUGAAGCUGGUGUCUGCGGCUCUAAGGAACCCGAAGCGUAAAAUACAGAAACUGUGGCUCAGGGAUGUCGGUCUCACAGAUUCUGGUGCCGAGGAUCUCGCCUCCGCUCUCAAUACAAACCCAUCACUGACGGAGCUGAACCUGGGAGGUAAUAAACUGGGAGAUUCAGGAGUAAAACUGGUGUCUGCGGCUCUGAGGAACCCAGAGUGUAAAAUACAGAAACUGUGGCUAUGGAAUGUCGGCCUCACAGAUUCUGCUGCCGGAGAUCUUGCCUCUGCUCUCAGUAGAAACCCUUCACUAAUGGUGCUCAGUCUGAAUGAUAAUAAGUUGGGAGAUGCAGGAGUAAAACUGGUGUCUGCGGCUCUGUUGAAAUCAGGGUGUAAAUUACAGGAAUUGGGGCUGUGGAACGUCGGUCUCACAGAUUCUGGUGCCAAGGAUCUUGCCUCCGCUCUCAGCAUGAACCCAUCACUGACAGAGCUGAACCUGAAUGAUAAUAAACUGGGAGAUUCAGGAGUGAAACUGGUGUCUGCGGCUCUAAAGAACUCAAAGUGUAAAAUACAGAAACUGUGGCUGAGGAAUGUUGGUCUCACAAGUUCUGGUGCCAAGGAUCUUGCCACCACUCUCCGUAGAAACCCAUCACUGAUGGAACUGAACCUGGGUGGUAAUAAACUGGGAGAUUCAGGAGUGAAACUGGUGUCUGCGGCUCUGAGGAACUCGGGGUGUAAAAUACAGAAGCUGUGGCUGUAUGAUGUCGGUCUCACAGAUUCUGGGGCCGAGGAGCUCGUCUCCGCUCUCAGUGCAAACCCAUCACUGACGGAGCUGGACCUGAGUAAUAAUAAACUGGGAGAUUCAGGAGUAGAACUGGUGUCUGCGGCUCUUAGGAACCAGGAGUGUAAAAUACAGAAACUGUGGGUCGAGAAGUAGACCAGGAUGAAAUCGAAGAUGACGAUAAUUUUGCAAAAACGGGACCCCAAUAUUUGAUCCUCCACAUCAACCCAGCACGGUGGAGAACACACUCCACAACGAUCUGUCACCAGAUCGAACUCGGGAACUUCCCGAGCCCGGUGCCGAAACAUACGUUCUUAAGUGUUUUAUAUGCAUAGAAAAGGAAAAUAUACAGUAUAUACUAAGACAAACGUUUGACUAAUUGACACUAAAUAAUAAAGUAUGAACCUGUUCUGACUUACUUAGUAAGAGAACUUAUGAUUUUUUUCAAUCCCGAUGCACAAUAACUCAUGCACAUGUAUACUUUAAAUCAUCUCUAGAUUACUUAUAAUACCAAAUACAAUGUAAAUGCUAUGUAAAAUAGUUGUUAUACUGCAUUGUUUAGGGAAUCAUGACAAGAAAAAAAGUCUGUACAUGCUCGAACAACAAGUGCAGGAAGAGCACUGACCAGUUUUCGCGGAGCGCGGUUGGUUGAAUUUGUGCAUGCAGAAUCCACAGAUAAGGAGGGCCGACUAUACUUGUUGAUUAAUACUUAAUGAGAGUGCACUCUAUCAAGUGGGAUGUAGUAUCUGUACCAAGAAUCAAACUUAUGAUACCCCUGGAUCACUAAAUGGAACUUAUAGGGUUUGUGGAAAUAGGUCCUAUC